UAAACACAUGGACAUUAAAAUCUAUUAGGUGACGACUAUCGAUCGCUCCCUGCUUGACUGCAGCGAUAGUUUAACGUAAUUAGUUUCGUAUUAACUUAUUGAUUAACCCCUCUCCCCCCCCCCCCGCCUAAGUGAUGUUGGCGCUAAUGGUUUGGUCCGGGCCUAGCAGAGUUCGCUUGGCUCGGAUAGAUUCGAGUCUGUGGUGCUGAUUUUGAUAAAUCGAUUUAAAUGAUCAAUAACCCAGAGGGUUAUUUGUUCUAUUGAUUAGUGAUUAUAUAUUUUUAACAGGCAUCGGGCAGCCAUGAGUAACAUUUACAUUCAGGAGCCUCCCACAAAUGGAAAGAUUCUGCUGAAGACCUCGGCCGGAGAUCUCGAGGUGGAGCUGUGGAGUAAGGAGGCACCAUUGGCUUGCCGUAACUUCACCCAGCUGUGCCUGGAGGGCUACUACAAUGGGUCUCCGUUCCACCGCGUGGUUCCGGGAUUCAUUGUCCAGGGAGGAGACCCCACGGGGACCGGGGACGGGGGAGACAGUGUCUACGGACAACCCUUCAGAGACGAGUACCACCAGCGCCUCCGCUUCACGCGGAGGGGUCUCGUCGCCAUGGCAACGAGUCGCCCCGGCGACAAUGGCAGCCAGUUCUUCAUCACCCUGGACCGCGCAGACGAGCUCAACGGGAAGCACUCCAUCUUCGGCAAGGUGGUGGGUGACACGCUGUAUAACGUGCUGCGAUUGGCCGAGGUGGAGAUCGGGCCAAACGAUCGACCAAUCAGACCGCACGUCAUUCGGAGCACUGAGGUGUUGAGUAACGUGUUUGUUGACAUCGUUCCUCGCUCCGUGACGACGUUCCCCACGGAGACGGAGCCGGCCAGAGACGUCACCCCCAGAGCAACCAAGAACUUCAGCCUCCUCUCGUUCGGGGAGGAGGCUGAGGAGGAGGAGGAGGAGGCGGUCCGAGUGAGCAAGACGCUGCGUGGACGAGGCAAGAGCAGCCACGACCUGCUGAAGAACGACGAUCGGCUGAUUCUCACAGUGUGGGUGACACUCACAGUGUGUGUGAUACUCACU